AUGACUGGAAAAAUGCAAGCCAAGUUGGUUCAGGAAGCACUCAUUAUGGCAGCUGAAGCUGGAUUACGUGUCUAUUCUGUAACAGCAGAUGGUACUUCUGUCAAUUUCACCAUGUUCAGUGAACUUGGCUGCAAGUUUACAACAUCAUAUGAAAGCAUGAUUACCAAGUUUAAACACCCUACUCAAAACUACUUUGUAUAUGCAAUUUUGGACCCAUGUCACAUGCUUAAAUUGGCAAGGAAUGCUUUGGGUCACUUAGGCUCUAUCGUUGACUGUGAAAACAAUAUUAUUACAUGGAAAUUAUUUUCAUCACUCAAUAAAAUCCAAGAGUGUGAAGGUUUCAAAUUAGCAAACAAGUUUUCAUCAAGACAUCUCCAGUUUUUGAUGCACAAAAUGAAUGUCCAACUAGCAGCCCAAACCCUUAGCUCAUCUGUAGCAGAUGCUAUUGAAUUUUUAGAUAAAUCAAUGAAACUUAAAGAAUUUCAAAACUCAAUCGGCACUGUUAAAUUUAUCAGAAUAGUGGAUAGAUUAUUUGACAUUCUAAACUCUCGAAACCCAAUUGCAAAAGGAUUUAAACAACCACUGCGUCCUCAAUCGAGAAACACAUGGGAAGAAAUCUUGAAGCAUUCUGCUGAGUAUUUGCUCAGUUUAAAAACACAUGACAGUACCAACCAAUUGUUGGUCACACAUCAAAGAAAAACAUUCAUUACUGGCUUUGUCACAACUAUUAAAUCGACAAUUGAUAUGACAACAGCAAUGUUCAGUGGUGAAAAUGCUUUCAAAUAUCUGCUUACUUACAGGUUCUCACAGGAUCACAUUGAACUCUUAUUUUCGUGUAUAAGAGCACGGGGUGGCUGGAACAAUAAUCCGAACUGCCUACAACUGAAGUAUGCAAUGAGGAAAAUGCUGUUGAGGAACACAAUCACAGCCUCAAAAAAUGCCAACUGCCUGACAUUUUCUGAUUCCACAACAACAAUUAUCCCAUUCUUUCACUCCCAGAAACACAAAGCACCUUUAAAAGAAACUCCAACAGAUAACCUGGACGAACCUGAAAGCAGUCCUGAAGAGGACCUACUCUGCAGUCACUUAAAUUCACCCGGUACAUCCGAAUUUCUGUCCAACAUCCUGUUUUACAUCAGUGGUUACAUUGUUUUCAAACUGGUCAAAAAACUAUCUUGUGAGUUAUGCAAGCGAUGUCUACUUUCUCACUUCAACUCUGAAACUUCAUACCAUGAUUACUGUGCUAUGAAUUACAGUCAAAUUGCACCUGCAUCAACAUUCACAUUAUUUGUGAACAAUGGUGGCCUAAAAAUACCGUCACAGUCUGUUUACAACAUUAUUGAAUUUGCUGAAAAAUUAUUUAAAGUAAAUGUUUAA